AUGAGCCGCACCUUCCGACGUGGGAAGCUUCGCUACUUCGCCUUAUGUUGCGUUGUUGGUAGUCUCCUCGGAGGAGCUUUGUCAGCAUCUGCGCCACCAGCCUGGUGGCGACAGGGUCGACCUCGGAGGAUCUUGGGAAGCAGGGCGGAGGCAGAGCUCCUCUCGCAGCUGGCGGUGCUGCUGAUGCCAGAUCAGCCUAUAGCUGAGGCUUUUCGUGAUUUUCCGUGUCAGAAAGGCAGCGAUUGGGGCACGAACAAGCUGUGCCCGGAUUUGGCAUUACACGGGGUGCUUGAGGCAACGGAUGCUGCACUGUUCAUCGAGUAUGAUGGCUACUUUCGGCACAUGAGCCCUUCCGGGCUGGCCAGGGACAUGCGCAAGACUAGUGCGCUCCUGAAGCUCGCUCCUGCGGGAUCUGUCGUAGUCCGCAUCGCGCACGAGAAACGAGAGUGGAAGGACAAGUCGUCACAAAUAGUGGUGGACUGCUGGUACCCCGAGCACCCGCCUUCCCUGGUAAAGGCCCUGAAGCAGGCUGCGACCUCUCUUCUACGGUGCUGUUCGGCACAACUGCUUCCAAAGACAGCUUCUCGUUUGGAGGGGUUUGCAGCAGAGCGGCUAGACCUGGAAGCAAGAGUCUUUGCCAAGGAUGCAGAAUUGAUUGGCAUGUUCAACUGCAGCAGCAAUUUGCAGGUCCAGGAGUUCUUGCAGAGGGCCUUGCUUGUCACCUCCGAACAAGCCGAAAAGUUAAUUGAAAGAUAUCCGCAGAUGCUGAGACGACGCGUGGAUGACCAUGUGACACCAACAGUCAAGUGGAUCAAGGGAUUGGGCCUGAGCCAGUCGCAGGUUGCCAAGGUGAUCGCAACCUUUCCGCGAGUGCUUGGGUAUAGCAUUGAGGCGAAUCUGAAGCCAACGGUCGAUUGGAUCAAGGGGUUGGGCCUGAGCCAGUCGCAGGUUGCCAAGGUGAUCGCAACCUUUCCGCAUGUGCUUGGCUACAGUAUUGCGGCAAAUCUGAAGCCAACAGUCGACUGGAUCGAGGGGUUGGGCCUGAGCCAGUCGCAGGUUGCCAAGGUGAUCGCAACGUUUCCGCAAGUGCUUGCAUAUAGCAUUGCUGCAAAUCUGAAGCCAACAGUCGAGUGGAUCGACGGGUUGGGCCUGAGCCAGUCGCAGGUUGCCAAGGUGAUCGCAACCUAUCCGCAAGUGCUUGGGUAUAGCAUUGAGGCAAAUCUGAAACCAACGGUCGAGUGGAUCAAGGGGUUGGGCCUGAGCCAGUCGCAGGUUGCCAAGGUGAUCGCAACCUAUCCGCAGGUGCUUGGAUUGAGCAUUGAGGCAAAUCUGAAGCCAACAGUCGAGUGGAUCAAGGGGUUGGGCCUGAGCCAGUCGCAGGUUGCCAAGGUGAUCGCAACCUAUCCGCAAGUGCUUUCAUAUAGCAUUGCAGCAAAUCUGAAGCCAACAGUCGAGUGGAUCGACGGGUUGGGCCUGAGCCAGUCGCAGGUUGCCAAGGUGAUCGCAACCUCUCCGCGAGUGCUUGGGUAUAGCAUUGAGGCGAAUCUGAAGCCAACGGUCGAGUGGAUCGACGGGUUGGGCCUGAGCCAGUCGCAGGUUGCCAAGGUGAUCGCAACCUAUCCGCAGGUGCUUGGAUUGAGCAUUGAGGCAAAUCUGAAGCCAACAGUCGAGUGGAUCAAGGGGUUGGGCCUGAGCCAGUCGCAGGUUGCCAAGGUGAUCGCAACCUUUCCGAAUGUGCUUGGCUACAGUAUUGCGGCAAAUCUGAAACCAACGGUCGAGUGGAUCAAGGGGUUGGGCCUGAGCCAGUCGCAGGUUGCCAAGGUGAUCGCAACCUAUCCGCAAGUGCUUUCAUAUAGCAUUGCGGCAAAUCUGAAGCCAACAGUCGACUGGAUCGAGGGGUUGGGCCUGAGCCAGUCGCAGGUUGCCAAGGUGAUCGCAACGUUUCCGCAAGUGCUUGGCUGCAGCAUUGAGGCAAAUCUGAAAGUGAAACAUUGCCUUUUGCGGAGGUAUUUCCCUGGGGAGAAUGCAGCCAUUUUUUUGCUCGCGCGAACACCCCGUCUCUGGAGCUACAGUCAGACUCGACUUCAGCAUCGCCUCGAUGUCCUGAAGUCUCAAGGUCAGCUUUCGAAGCUUGCGGGUGCCAUGGCCAUGUCACUGGAUGCCUUCAACCGCAGAUUCCCCAAGCCAGGCAGUCGCAAAGGUCUGGCUGGUGGUUCGAAGUAG